GUCUGCUCGGCCUUGGACUGCCCGCCGACGCGGGCGUCGGCAACGGCCGUCUCCACCGCCGCGGCCGUCGCGCCGACGCCGCUGCCGCGGCCGUCGGACGCGUCGGAGCAGGCGGCGCCAGAGGCCGCGGCGGGCGCGCCCGACGGGGCCCCGCUGGAGCGGCCACCGGGCCGCUUCACGGCGCGCCGCCGCCCGCGGGACGGCUGGGAGGACGCCCCGUCAGGAACGCUUAGCCAAUCCGCCGGGCCGCCUGCUGGGGGCCGUAGCCGCUGGCGGCGGCGACCCCCUCUGCUUCGGCGGGGCGAGGGAAGACCCGGCGCUGAACUUCGAGAGCCUCAUCGCCUUCCAGCACCUGGCGGCCUUGGAGGAGGCGGUGAGCAGCGGCGCCGCGCUCGACGGGCGCCUGCCGCUGCUGCCGCAGCGCCCCGCCCCUGGCCCGCGCGGCGGCCGCGGCAGAGCGCUGGCGCCGGCGGAGUCGCCGCUGAGCGCUCGCGGCGCCGCCAUCGUCGCGUCGGCCGUCUCCGAGAAGGCCCGCCAGGCCGGGCUGCGGAAGCAGCUCGCAGGUGCGCCGGGCGCCGCCCUGCAGCGGGACCCCGGCUGCAGCAUCCUCCGGGGCGCGGCGCCGCCACAGCGUGGCCGCGGGCCGCUGGCCACCGCCAGGUGGCUUGGCGCUGAGGGCGCCCGCCUGCAGGAGCGGGCCAGGGAGCCCCAGGGUGGGUGCCGGUGGGCUGCCUUCCUCCACAGAGGAGGCCAUGCAGAGUUGGAUGACCUCCGUGCCCCGCUGUGUGUCGACGGGCUGGUGCCGUGAGCCAGGCGGGGCCCAUAGAUUGUCUCUCCCGCUGUUGGCAGGGUUCCUGGACACACAAAGCGAGCGGAAUGACUGGCCUCAGGGUUCAGCAGGCAGAGCAGCUGCUGUCCGAGUGUUGGAUACACGGCCGGCUGUGCGGGCGAAGAGGCUCGGGCCUUCCUCGUUCCAGGAGCUGUGUUGGGCAUCCUCUGCUUCAACCGAUAGCGCUGCUGAGAUUUUGAUCGUAGGAUCCGCACUCCCGUGACAUUUUGCAGGGCAGCCGCCAGAGCGCAUGCGCCAGAGGUGCGGCUGGGUGCAGGACGGCACAUAGGAUCAUUAGGUGAGAUUUUAGGCUGGCGUUAGCUGUCUCGACAAAGAGCAGGUGAUCGGGUAGAAGCCAGCAGGGAAGCUAACUGACGUCACCGUUUCUGCUCGGCUCCGCCCGACACCUGCUCGCCGUCUUGGGCCGCAGGGCAGCGGGGCCAAGACGGUGUCCUCGUGAACUCUCUGCAUCCUCUGUCCUGACCUCCCUGUCCUCCUCCCUGUCCUCCUCCCUGUCCUCCCUCGUCCUCGUCUUCCCUGCCCUCCCCGUCUUCUCGCGCCUCCUUCUGGCCAGGUUUCACGAUUUCAGCGCUUAUGCGAGUCGUGUUUCUACACGGAUGGAGUGCCGCUCCUUCACAGUUUCUGCACUCUUCUUGAGAAUGCACCAACCCGACCUCCCAGAGGAGGAACGUGUACUGAUGCCGCUGCCCCUUGCCUCGUUUGCCCCGUUCGGGGCCUCCUGGCAAGCCCUCGUGUCGCCACGGCGGGAUGCGCGCUGAUACUCAGGUCAGAUGCACUCAACACUAUUAAUUGCCUUUCGUCUUCGUAGCUGGCGCGAUCGUUUGUGGAGCCGCCAUUCUUCAACUAGAGGUGCUCCACUACGUGGUGCGAUGCUCAGCCUCGACGCAUCUAUUUAUGUCACGCCGCUUCGGCCAGCCGCACUGCCUAAGACAGGCAACGUGCGCGAAUGCCGUUUUCCUAUGGCGUGGGGUGCGCACGUUUCGUCUCCGCACUACCGCCACAAAGCACACACGACCCCCCUGAGUGGAUCGCUCCUGGGUCUUAUGGGAGGGUGGCGGUGUUUAAUUCACUUCUAAGGGCCGGCG